AUGGGGGAAAACAGUCCUGAGAAUGUCAUCUAUUACAAAGUGGAGGAAGAUGACUUGGCCCAGGAUGAUAAACUGUUGUGGUUUGUGGACAAGAAUGGCCUUGUCCCAUCCUCAUCCAGGACAGUGUAUGACAGAACAACAGUCCUCAUUGAACAAGACCGAGGGCCAUUGGAGGACGAGGAGGAUGAAGGGCAGUGUGGGGAUCACUUGCCUUUUCUGCCUGAUGGUCAUGAGGACAGAUUUCCUUUGAUAGCUGACCAUGAAGGAAUGUCCCAGGGUUAUGUUCAGCACAUUAUUUCUCCGGAUCAGAUUCAUCUGACGAUCAAUCCUGGCUCAACUCCUAUGCCACGAAACAUUGAAGGAGCCACCCUUACUUUGCAGUCAGAGUGCCCUGAGACGAAACUGAAAGAAGUAAGUAGCAGACUCUAAUCUAAUCCUGCUCCUCUAUCGGGAGGCCUGUCAUAUGACUGUAUGGAAGCCUGUAUUGCUUUUUGUGUUGCAUUUAAAACUCACGGGGUCAGUUCUGGAAAAGUCAUCAUCCGAAAACGCCCAAGAAAACAAAUUUCCUGAUUCUGUAGUGUUUGGCCUUUUCCCAUACUUGUGUCAGAGAGGCCAUGCCUAAGCUGAUCCUGGAUGUUUUCACAUGUUGCUCUUCAGGUCAGGUUUAUACAAUACAAAAAUGCACUGUUACACUUCCAAGUAUCUUUAGGAAAAGGGUGAGCAGAGCUUCUCAGGUUUUGGGGGUGAGAGAGAGCAGUGGUUUCCCUUAUAUAGCAGGCAUAUAGACUUGCCUACUUUCCAUACUAAGCAGUGCAUGGUUGAAGGGAAGCUUUUGCUACUUUUUCAUGCUAUACGCCCUGCCUUGGGAGUUUUCACAAUAGUAGAACAUUAUCGCUAGGGCUGUGUGUGCCAUGUGUGAUUUUUUAAAUAAACGUUUUUGCACUAGGAUAGAAAAACAAAAAUCUAUGACCAAUAUACAUUAUUAAGGUUUGCGCUGAGUGCUACAUCCUGUAAUAAUGUAUAGUCAACACUGUGCAUAGGUGAGACAGAACAGACAAUAACGGAGAGAAGCUCCGAACUGUCUGAGUUUUGAUUUAUGGAUUAGCAGGAGGGUGUAUGCUUUAGAGAGGCAGCUAAGAGAUACUUCUUGACUUAAAUCUUGGAAUCACUCACAAAAUAAUGAAGAGGGCCUUUAGUUUUUGGAGUGCUGAUAAUGAACAAAAUUCCUCAAGCUUUAUUUUUUAUGAAUUAAUCUAUCUUGAAUUUAAGGGUGUUUUAUUUUUAUUUGUUCAAUUUAUAAACAAGCAAGCACAUACAUUGAAACUGGCUUAAGAUUUAAAAAACAGGAAAAAUCCUAUUUUUAAAAGGCAGGAUUUAAACGUUACACCCACUCAAAGCCACAGAUAAUUAAGAGCCAAAGUCCUAGCGAAAAAGAAUUGUUUUUGCCUGACAUUUAAAUCAGUUAUCAUACAUCCAGUUAAGGGAACCACCCAUUAAUGGUGCGUCAGUCUUAUCUGAAUUGUGCUUCGGUUUAUUGGCUCUCAUCAAGACCAUUACCAAGGCAAGACAUUGGUUCAGCACAUCCACUGCUGUACCCACAAAUGUAAAGGAGAAGUAGAACUUCUCUUAUAAGGAAGUAGAUUGAAACUUUGCACAAACAGAAUCCUGAGAAAGUGGGCUUAGCAGAUUGUUUCUGGCCCUUUGAAAUCGUAGGUUGCAGUUUUAAGUCUGCAGAUCUUAAAGCUGCUCUUUUGGUUUCAAUAUGACUGCCACAGUUUGGUUUGACGACUUCAGCCGUAUAUAAGCCCAGUACUUCUGCAGAUUUAGAGAAGGGCUGAAAGUUCAUUUGAUAUACCUUUUCCCUUCUCAAAAAAAAUUAGGAAUAUUGAGACUGACUUAACUUCAGGUAUAAUAGAUUAACUAUCUCUUUCUGCUGCUCUUAUGGAGGACAAAAUCCGCCAGGAGCUUCUAGUCUAUUGCCUUAUGUUCAGAUGAUUAUUGAAAGCAGCUGCUUGGGAAACGAUGGAAGAAGAAUACAUAUUUGUGUAUGUCUGAUAAUUACAGAAGGGGGCAGCAUUUAAUAACUUAUUCUGAAGGAAAACUACUGUUCACAUAUGAUUAUGACAGGGCCUUCUCCAUGCUGGUAGACUCCCAACUCCUAUGUCACCCCUGGCCAUUGAGCAGGCUGGCUGCUGGAAAUUAGAGUCCAGCACACAGGUGUUGUCCACCCACCCCGGUGUGAAUAAUACUUUGUUUAGUUGUAAAUUAACAUAACUUAGAAGUCACUGUUUGGGAAAUAUAUGAAUUAGUAUCAAUGGGAAACUUGAUUUGAUGCAUAUGCCCCUUUGUCAGAGUCCCAUGUGCUCCCAUGUGGCAGAGAAGAGCCGUGUGCACAAUUAAUUGCACAUUCUGUUGCCAACCAACUCAGACCUGCACAUGGAGAACAAGCGCACCCUGUGCCAAAGGGAGCUUCCUUUGCAAGUUGUGCUGCUCACUGCUUUGGGAACCUGGCCAGAACUACAAAGUCUGGUCAUCAACCCCACAGCUGGCAAUGGGAGUACAGGAGCAGCACAUGGCAACAUUGGCAAAAAACUAAGUUAAGCCACUGAAAUUAGUAAUGUUGCAUCAGUUGCCAAAAAAGGUCUCUGACCCUUCAGGUAUCCAGAAAGAUUACAUUCUGCGGUUGUGCCUGUUUGUAAGUGGCACCAAACUGGGCAAAGUCUGAAGAGCUGAAUAAAAUAUCUGAGCCUAAAGCACCGGCGACAAUCCAGGGUCCAUUGAGAAAGGGACAACAGUGGCAGCAGCAGGGUCUUUUCUCCUUGGAAACAGCACAGUCCACAAGGGAGUGAUAGCAGCUCAACCAGAAGGAGUAGCAGCAACAUCUGUGAAGAGGGAGUUGGGGAGUGCUUUGCAGGGAAUUGGGGGGUGCACUUCUCUGCCUUAGGCCUCUCAAAACUAGGCAGGAAUCUCUGGUCUCUCUUGUAAUAAUUUUAACCAUCUGCAACCAUUUCAGGAGUCUUUUUAGGUUCCAAAAUUUUGCAUGUGCAAACCCACAGGCUACAUAAUCCCUUAUGUUCAUUUGUUUUCUUCUUAUAACUAGCUUUCCUUUUCUUUCUUAUUUUUGAUACAUUUUGCAUGCUUUCUUUUUUUACCUGUAGAGGGAACAUCUUUAAAACCUUCCCCUACCUACAGGGUCUUUUUUUUUUGCAGCCAGUAUUCAUGAUGGGCCUUUGGCCUGAUCUAGCAGAGCUGUUUUUAUGGCAACUCUUGAAGUUAACAGUGGAACCCUUUAUGAUUCUUUGAUCAAGAAUGGAGACUUAAAGUACAUCAUGUUUCUGGCAGGUGAAGCGUUACCAGUGCACAUUUGAGGGCUGCCCUCGGACCUACAGCACCGCAGGUAACCUGCGCACCCACCAGAAGACACACCGCGGGGAGUACACUUUUGUGUGCAACCAAGAGGGGUGUGGAAAGGCCUUCCUAACAUCCUAUAGUCUCAAAAUCCAUGUUCGAGUCCACACCAAGGAGAAACCUUUUGAGUGUGAUGUCCAGGGUUGUGAAAAAGCCUUCAAUACACUGUACAGGUAAGAGCAGGAGCAUUUCCUCCUCUGUCUCUCAAGACAGUGCCUUAGUAUACACACACAAAUGAAAUGUCAAAGAUGUAACCACAAUGUUAAGCCCAAGGGCAACUAAGUUGUGGCUCUCCCAAUGUUGUUGGACCUCCAACUCCAAGUAAACCCCAGCAUGGCCAAAGUUCAGGGAUGAUGAGAGUUGUAGCCUAGCAACAUCCAGAGAGGGACCUACAGGUUAGCCACCCAUGCAUUAAGUGAAACAUCUUUCCUGGGGGAAAUACUAUUUUCCUUGCAGAAAUCUCUGUCUCACACACACACCAGUUCUUGUUAGCUCCUCCAAAGUUUAUUUCUCAAAGUCUAGUUUCCAAUUGAGAGGCUGCUGUUCUAAGCUGCCUGCAAGGGUUUUGGAGAGAAGCCUACUUGACUGCUAGGAAGGUGCUUGGACUACUGCAAUGCACUCGUAUGUGGGGCUACCUUUGAAGGUGACCUGGAAACUGCAAUUAAUCCGGAAUGCGGCAGCUAGACUGGUGACUGGGAGUGGCCGCCAGGACCACAUAACACCGGUCCUGAGAGAUCUGCAUUGGCUCCCAGUACGUUUCUCAGCACAAUUCAAAGUGUUGGUGCUGACCUUUAAAGCCCUAAAUGGCUUCAGUCCUGUAUACCUGAAGGAGCGUCUCCACCCCCAUCGUUCAGCCCAGACACUGAGGUCCAAUGCCGAGGGCCUUCUGGUGGUUCCCUCAUUGCGAGAAGUGAGGUUACAGGGAACCAGGCAGAGGGCCUUCUCGGUAGUGGCACCCGCCCUGUGGAACACCCUCCCAUCAGAUGUCAAGGAAAUAAGCAGCUAUCCUGUUUUUAAAAGACAUCUGAAGGCAGCCCUGUUUAGGGAAGUUUUUAAUAUUUAAUGCUGUAUUGUUUUUAACACUCAAUUGGGAGCCGCCCAGAGUGGCUGGGGAAACUCAGCCAGAUGGGCGUGGCAUAAAUAAUAAAUUAUUAUUAUUAUUAUUAUUAUUAUUAUUAUUAGCCGAUUUUGCUUCUCGGAUAGAAGCUGCUGUUUCCCUGUGCCUCCCUUGUUGGUGAGGCUCAGUUCAGAAGAAAGAGGCCUGUGGUAAUGGAGCCCACUUCUUUCCUCGUAGGUUAAAAGCCCAUCAGAGGCUUCACACGGGAAAAACAUUUAACUGUGAAUCAGAGGGUUGCAGCAAGUACUUCACCACACUCAGUGACCUGCGGAAACACAUUCGGACCCACACCGGAGAGAAGCCAUUCAGGUGAGCCACCUGGCUGGAGGCCCUGAUGAAUCCUGGGUCCUUUGUCAAGUCUUCUGCUGUAGAACAGGCCUGGUUUCUCCUAGCUUCCUGUCUGGCCCUACAUGGGGGGUUUGGACUCUUACUCUUGAGCCACAUGGCUUUUGACUCCUCUCUGGCCUGCAAAGUGUUGGUAUUGAGGCUUUCUUGCCCUGGGUCCACCUCUAGUGAAUGUCCUGUGUGUCUGGCAGGACCCAUAUAGCCUUUCAAAUACAUCAUCAUCCACCUAGUAUUUUUGUUGCCCUGUGGUUGUAGUCCACAUGUGGGGAACUGGUGGCCCUCUAGAUGUUGUUGGACUCCCACUUCCACCAGUCCCAGCUUGUGUUGCCAAGGUCAGGUGAGGAGAGUUGUAAUGUAAUGUAGCAACACCUGCGGGUCCCCACCACUUUGCUGCUUAGGAGGGAGAAUUUCAGCAGCAGUCCCAGUACUGCAGUAGUGGGAGAAAUCACCGGUGCAGGGUUUUCUCUCAUUGCAGGUCCUCAAAGGCCCAGGAGCCCUGCCCCGUGCUGAUGGUGCCCUGGUCAACCACUGAGCUCCAUCUCAGUGGGAUUGUGAGACUGCAUUGGCGGAUGUUCUGCUUGCUCUCUUUAAGUCUUCCCUAAGUUAUAAUACCAUGUUUAAGAGCAGGGCUUCCCUUCUGCAGAACUUUCCACUACCCUGUGUGCAGAUUAAUGCAUGGCCUGAGGCUGCUGGGAAGCAAGAGGUGUGAUUGGAACUGGUUUCUGCAUGAAGCUCCUUGCUGAUUUCUCCAUCCCUCUCCUGUAGGUGUGAUCAUGAUGGCUGUGGAAAAGCCUUUGCUGCAAGCCACCACCUGAAGACGCAUGUCAGGACCCACACCGGUAAGGCUGGGUCUAUUGAAUCUCUUUCCUGCUUCCUUAAUGCUAAGCAGCUGCAGCCUAGAUGUGGCCUCAUGGAGAAGAUGUUUGGCGCAGCUUGCCUGAUAGGUCUGAGUGGUUAGAUGAUGCUGACUCAAAAUAAAAGGCCAGUUAAAAGUUUAAUAAACUCAACCUUGCUGAAAGCAGCCCAGGAUAUCUUGGGAAGGAGAAGGGAGCACUUUAUGAGGUGACAGUCAGGCCACAUUAUUUUGUGUUGAAGCCUGCUACAUCAGGAUCUUGUACAAUGGGCUCCUGGGCACCCCUUACCCCUUACACACACUGAGCAUGGGAGUGUGAUUUAGUCUCUGGCUCAGUAUUAGCGAUCCUGGAGCUGCUGAGCAACAAGGAACCCAGAGGGUGUUGGAUGUGUACAAAUCCAUAGAUUUUUGCCAUUGUAGGUGAAAGACCUUUCUUCUGUCCCAGUGAUGGCUGCGAGAAGACUUUCAGCACACAAUAUAGCCUCAAGAGUCACAUGAAGGGACACGAGAAGGGGCCCUCCUAUGCUGUGCUGUCCAACAACAGCAUCUCUGAGGUGGGUGCCUUUUUCUCAGAGAAAAUGUCGUUAUUGGUGCACUAGAUAGCAUGGUGUGCCUUGGUGAGUGCCUGUCAGUAUCCAGAACUCUUGUGGAAAUCCAGCUCCUUUGGGACCUUUGCAGGUGAAAUUACAGAUUGUGGCAUGCAGAAAGGUAAUCUGCUUUUUCACACAGUGCAUCGUGCUGUGGAACGCUCUGCCACUCAAAGAGAUUGAUGGCUUGAUAUGAGCAACACUGUCUGUAUCUGUAAAAUAUGUUUUUAUGCUAAUGCUAUAAUCGUAAUGCUGGUGUUCUUGUUCUUAUGGAAGGCUAAAGAUGAGCCUAGUUAGAUGUGUAACGGAUUUCAGGAAUGCUGAUUUAUUAGGUUCAGAGAAAUGCUAGAUAGGGAAACUGAAUAUAAAUGCAGACUAGAGAAACUGAUGGGGGAAAGUAGCCCAAGAAGGGUUAGAAUUCCUGAAAAAGGAGCGGAAUCACAAAAAAUCCCAGUGAGACAGAGAAAUGGGAAACCUCUAAGAAAAUGAAUGCUUCUGCACAACAGUCUUUGUAAGGAGUUCAAAAAAAUGAAAAGGCAUGUCUAAGAAAUUGGAGGGGCAGGUCAUCAAAGAUGGGCACAGAUAAGUAGCUCAGACUUGUAGGGACAGUGUCAGAAAAGCCCCUGUCUGUGAUCCCAGAGAGUCACUGUUAGCCACAUAGACAGUGCUAUUGAUCAAGGGCCUGGCUCAGUACAAGGCAGUUUCCUCUUUUCCUGUGUCAUCCCAACAGCCAUAGUGAGGGCCUUUGUGAAUCCUUGGAGAUAAAUGGCAUUUGUUGUAGUUUCCUUCUGCUACCAGCUGCCUUUCUCAGUUAGUGAUCUGUGACAUUUCACAUAAAAUUUUUAAAGAAAGAGAUAGAAAAUGUAUUUGGGCCUAAGUCUCUGAUCACCCUCACUGUUGAUAAGUCAAGGACUGGUGCUCUUGAAGAGACUGGCAUUGUGGGGCUAUAACCAAGCUCAUAGUUGCAACUGCUGCAUUGCUUAAUGUAGGCUUCCUCUCCACCUCUGCAGGAUACAAACCACUCACUCUGUCUCAGUGACUUGAGCCUCAUGUCCACAGAUUCAGAACUGCGGGAUAAUUCAAAUCCAGUAAGUAUCUCUUCUGACAGCACAGUGGACAAUGUGGGUCAUAGAAGCAGCCUUCUGCCAUUUUUUAAAGAGCUCACCUUCCGCCAUUCCUGUGGUGGACUUCUGUGGUGUGGCUGGAAGUAAGCAGGCUUCUUGUAUCUCCCUGAGCCAGGUGCUUCAGGGAUGUCUGUUCUGAGCAAUGCAGCCUGAGUGUAUUGGUGGCCUCGUCACCAGGCUCAACCACAGACCAGCUGACUUUGCAUGCCUCACUGCUCCCUCCUUUCCCCAGAUGCAUGGACAAGACCUGAGUACAAUCUCACCAGCAAGCAUUUUUGAGUCCAUGUUCCAGAGUCCGGAGCCUCCUGUAAAUCAGGAAGACGCUCAGCACACAGGUACAAGUCUGCAUCUUCUCUUUCAUUUGCUCCAUAGAUCAUUAUUAAUCUUGGACAGCACAGAGAAUUUAGUGAACUGCCCCAAAAGCUUAACAAGUGGAGGCCUUGGUAGGCUUUUGGUGUCAGUUGUGCAGGGGUGUAUGGUUGGUGGGAAUUAUACGUGCUGCAUCAUACUAUAAUUCACAGAGCAAAGCUAAUGAAGAAAAACACUCUCUGGUAGCCCUGGGUGGGAGAAGAAAGGCCCAAAGGGGAUUAGCCUGUUUGAGGAAGCCUGAGAUGGACUGCAUUGAAUAAAAAUGCAGUGACUACAUAACGUUUGCUGCCUGUGGCUUCCAUGAGUCUCACCAGAGCUCAGACAGCAAGAGCAGUGUAUGGCCAGUGGGGCCUCCCUUUUGCAAAUGCCCAUGGGCCUUCUUGAUAUAAAAGCUGGUGCUGUUUCUGCCUGGGCUACCAUCCAGAAGUGUCAUGGCCACAGCUGGGAUCCUGCAUGAAGUGCUUUUCAGGAUCCUACUAAAGCUUUCUCACCAUAUGCUUCUCUUUUGGCAGACGCCUUGGUUAAAGAUUUUGGUGGUGAUGCAGACCCAGCCCCUGCUGCCCAGCCACCCCUCGGAGAAGCUGCUCCUUUGUCUCUUCCACUUGUUCUUCAGCUUGGCAUCUCUGAGCCUUCUCCCCCAGCACUGCUUCCUGCCUCCACUGGCACUCAGCAAGCAGCCUAUGGAACCCCUGCCGCUGUCCUCCAGUCUCCAGAAGUGCCUGCUCCUAAUAGCACACUCUUUGCACCCAACCCCCAGGACUUCCUACAGCACAUUCAGGCAUCUCCGCAGCCUGUUGGGAAUCCCCCUGUCCCAGCAGCAGCACCGAGUGUUGCUGAGGUCCUCCCCAGUGGGGUUCAGACUGUGCCUGUUGGAGGGAACUCUGUGCUGGCUGGCAGCCCAACCAUCACCAUCACCCCAUCACAAAGUGCAGCCAUUCUGCAGUCCAGCAUUGUCAUGGGAGAGCAAAACCUCCAGUGGAUUUUGAAUGGUGCCAGCAGGACCUCCCAGAACCAAGAACAAAUGGUGAGUGACCUGAAUCCCAUGCUCCAGCCCAGAACGUGUUAUGAAGAGGGAUUGAGGGCUCCAGCAGGUGGGGCAGAGCUGGUACUGCCCUGUUUCCAGAGUGGGCUGGGGUACUAAUAUACUGUUUGUUGAUUUCUGGACUUGGCCUGUGCUUUCAAAAGUCUUUUUUCUUUCCUUAUGCCAAAGCCACAGGCUCCAGUGCUGGAGAAGGUCUUCUUUACCACUGCCCUUCCUGUUGCCGGUAAUGCAGGUAAGUGACACAUCCAGGGAUCACAGUCUUCCCUUUCAUCACUGACACUCACAAGGGCAGAUGUUGAAUGGGCUGGAGCUUAUGUCAUGUCAGGCAGGCAAGGAGAACCCACCUGGGAAGGGGCCAUUGAGGAACUUGCCAUUAGCUUUCUUCUUUGGGGUGUAUUAGCACUCAGCAAGGGAUAAAUCCUCACCCCAGGGCAUCUGCUUCCCUCCGCUUCUCUCAGUAAGUGAAAUCAAGGGAAAUCCAUCACCUUCCCAUGUACUUGACCUGUGUGCGUCCCUCUGUCAUAUUAUUUCAAAUUUAUUUAUUCUUCAUGAAUAAAUUGUAUAAAUUCCAAAGGGAGCCCAGCCCAGCUCACAAGAAUAAAAUGACAUAAAAACAUUGUUAGCAUUGUUAAAAUAUUACAGAAAGCAAAUAAAACCAGCCAUGUACAAGCUUCAUAAAACUAUUGGCCAAAUGCCUGGAUAAAUAAAAUAAUUAUAUGUUUUCUGAAUGCAAGUAAAGGGGGGGGGGCUUCCUGAUUUCCCUUGGGGGGGGGGAGUUCCAUAACUGUGGAGGUGCCACCAAAAAUUCCCUGUGUCUCAGGUGCCUGUCCUUUGCACUGCUACUCCUAGUGAGGGGCCUCUUUCCCCAGAUCACUGGAUGGCACUGGUGAGGGCACUCUUAAAGUUACUUGGUUCUAUAUGUUCAUAUUAACCCCUUAAAUUGGGCCUAAUGGCUCAUGCAGCGGCCUGAGGAGUGAGAUGAUACAAUCUCCUGCCAUACUGGAAGAAAAAUUGUGAGAGCACCUUUUAGCUAUGAGUGACUGGGCCAUGUGAACUUUAACCCCAGGUUAUGGACUAACAGUUGAGCCAGAGAGAAUGAUUCAUUCCUCUCUGAGCAGAAAAUGGUUACUGGGUGACACAACCCUGCAGCCAGGUCGGCUGCUAGAGAGUCUGUGUCACCCUGUUUGGUUUCUGAUUCCUCCAGUUUUGUUCCAUCACCCGAGCUACUUCCUGUUGCCUCAGCCUCGGGUCAGGAAUGGGCAUACUUGAUCCCAGCAGCACCCAAGCUUUGCACCUGGUGUCAGGCAUGCAGAGGGAGAGAGGGAAUGUGGGGGAAUCAUGUCAUGUGAGAACAGGCUGGCAGCAGUGGUGGGUGGCAAAAUGUGCAUUUCUUCCCAUUAGCAUUUCUGUUGGGAAGCCCUGAGAGGUACAGAUGGACAGGCACAGGGGAGUGCUGGUGCCUCUGAACUGACUGUUGUUUGUCCCCAGGGAGCUCUGUGCAGCAGAUUGGCCUGAGUGUGCCCGUGAUCAUCAUCAAGCAGGAGGAAGCCUGUCAGUGCCAGUGUGCCUGCCGGGACUCAGCCAAGGACAAAGCCAGCAGCAGGAAGCAGAACUGCUCCUCACAGGGCUCCAAGGCAUCAGGGGAGCCUCCUGCGGCAGCACCAGCGCCUCCGCCUCAACCCUUUCCCAUCAACUUGGCUGCCAGCACCUCCUCUGCUGCUGCUGCUGCUGCUGUUGGUGCCACCACCACCCUCUCUUCCACGUUGCCUCCUUGCAAGCAAAGCACUCUGGCAGGGAACCCCUCAGACUCACAGAACCACUCCCUAAGUGCCAUGGAUGUCUCAGACUUCCUCUCUCUCCAGAGCCCCGAGGCUUCCGCCUCUGCCUCCUCCCCACUGAUUCCAAUUGAAGCCCUGCUACAAGGGGAGGAGGAGCUUGCCCUGGGCGGAGGCCGUGGUGGCAGCUUCCUCAAGUGA